AAGAAGAGGAGGAAGAAGAGGAGCGGAAUGGAGGAGGACAAGCAGAACCCGGAGCACCGGAGCAACAAGGUCCGGAGAAGACAAGCAGCAGGCUCGUCCUCUGAUAGCAGCGAUGUUGAGAAACGUAGAGGAAGAGGGGGACUCAAACGUCACCACUGUCAGCACUGCGACAAAUCCUUCUCAACAUCUGGAUAUUUAAAUAUUCAUCAGAGACUUCACACUGGAGAGAAACCACACAAGUGUGACCAAUGUGGGAAAGCCUUCACGGAGUUGGGGACCUUAAAAAACCACCAGCGCAUCCACACAGGAGAGAAACCCUACAGCUGUGACCAGUGUGGGAAAGCUUUCACAGAGUCAGGGACUUUAAAAAUCCAUCAGCGCAUUCACACAGGAGAGAAGCCGCACAGCUGCCGCCUGUGUGGGAGUGCCUUCACAAGGUUAGGGACCUUAAAAAUCCACCAACGGAUUCAUACUGGAGAGAAACCAUACAGCUGUGACCAGUGUGGGAUCACCUUCUCUCGCGCUAAUAAUCUCAAAGCCCAUCAACGUGCUCACGCUGGAGAUAAACGCUACUGCUGUGACCUGUGUGGGAAAACGUUUUCCCGCAACAGUAACCUUAAAGCCCACCAACACAUUCACACUGGAGAGAAACCAUUUCGCUGUGACAUCUGCGGCGCGAUGUUUACACGGGAGAGUUCCCUAAAUGUCCACCAGCGAAGUCACACGGGAGAAAAGCCGUACUGGUGCGACCUCUGCGGGAAAGCCUUCCGCCAGGGGAGUGCUUUACUAGUACACAGAAGGAUUCACUCUGGAGAGAAACCGUACAACUGCGACUUGUGUGGGAAAGGAUUCACAAAGUUUGGGACCUUAAAGAUCCAUCAACGCACUCACACAGGAGAGAAACCAUACAGCUGCGACCUGUGUGAGCAAGUUUUUAGCAAUCUGCGUAGCUUAAAAACUCACCGACGUGAUCACACCGGAGAGAGACCUUACUGGUGUGACCAAUGUGGGAAAACUUUUUCAUCAAGUAGUUACCUGAAAGCCCACGAACUCAGUCACACGGGAGUAAAACCGUACAGUUGUGAUAAAUGUGGGAAAGCUUUUAUUACUGUGGGUCACCUUAAUGCUCACCAGCGCACGCACACUAUGGAGGAGGACAAGCAGAACCCGGAGCACCGGAGCAACAAGGUCCGGAGAAGACAAGCAGCAGGCUCGUCCUCUGAUAGCAGCGAUGUUGAGCGUCUCCUGAGACAGGGAUCAGACCCACCAAACGUGGAUCAUAACGGGACCACCGUGGCUAACCUGCAGAACAUGGCCAACAGCUACUUCCACAGACUGUGUAUGCCACACCAGCCGAGGACAGACUCGUCCACUGAGAAACAGAGUGGAAGAGAGGAACCCAAAUGCUUCUGCUGUCAGUACUGUGACAAAUCCUUCUCAUGCUGCCAGUACUUAAAGGCUCAUGAAAGAACUCACACAGGAGAGAAACCAUACAGCUGUGGUGAGUGUGGGAAAGCUUUUAGUCUAAAACGCUACCUAAGACUCCAUCAGCACAGUCACACAGGAGAGAAACCAUACAGCUGUGGUGAGUGUGGGAAAGCUUUUUCAGCAAAGCAAGGCCUAAAAAUCCAUCAACGCCUUCACACUGGAGAGAGGCUGUACAGCUGUGGCGACUGUGGGAAAGCUUUUCUGACCAAUCAACAGUUAACGAUCCACUGGCGUACUCACACAGGAGAGAAACCAUACAGCUGUGGUGAGUGUGGGAAAGCUUUUUCAGCAAAGCAAGGCCUAAAAAUCCAUCAACGCCUUCACACUGGAGAGAGGCCGUACAGCUGUGAUGACUGUGGGAAAGCUUUUCUGACAAAUCAACAGUUAACGAUCCACCGGCGUACUCACACAGGAGAGAAACCAUACAGCUGUGAUCAGUGUGGGAAAGCAUUCGCCAGCAGCAUGAGCCUAGAAGUUCACAGACGUGUUCAUGCUGGAGAGAAACCUUACUGGUGCGACUUCUGUGGGAAAAGGUUCACCACCCAAAGUCAAGUAGAUGUCCACCGACGUAGUCACACCGGAGAGAAACCGUACUGUUGUGACAAAUGUGGGAAAAGUUUCUCUCAGAGUAUUCAACUUAAAACACACCAGCGCACCCACACUGCGUAGUUUGAAUCAUUUCUGAGUCAACAUCAUCAAAACAUAUUGAUUCUGAAUGUUGGACAUUGUUUCAGUCCUCAUUGUCCUUCAUUGUGUGGAUACAGUGUCAAUUGCUGCUCUUUCUCUGUCUCUCUUUUUGUUAAUGUUCCCAACAAUAUUUUGUUAUUCUCUGCUACUUACCAAAACAAGGAAAGUUGACGCUGUUGUGUUGUAGCAUUGUGCCCUGACCCUCAGUCAUUUUACAGAUGUCUGUCCCCCCACAGGUAUGCAUUAUGUAACACAACAUGACCCUACAUCGAUAUAAACAGUGUUGUCUAACUUUGUAUCUUGCUUGAAAAUAUAUUGAUCUAUCAUACAGUCGUUAUAUCGCCUAGUAGAGAGAUAAAUGUGUUAUGAGAUAUUGUUAAUGCUUCUGUGCAUGUAUUGCUCUGUUUUGAUUCUGUUCCUGCAUUAUGUGAUGUUCCUCCGUCAGAUAUUUGACUUAAUUUCUUUGUAAUUCAAAUGUGAAACCAUGAACACUGCUACUUUUACUACAUUCAUUUACAUUUGUUUAAAAAUUAUCAUUACAAAAGCUAAAACAUAGGUUGCCUGCUGCUGAAAAUGUCCAGCCCAUCAACAGUUUCUGGUUUUAAAAUCUGGCUGGAUUGAAUUUAUACUUAAACAGCUCUGGUCUGGCAUAUUUAAUUUGAUGGCUGCAAAGUGAACUUUGGCAUGUUGUUUUGGGCGUGGCUCAUCUCUGAAGCUUUAAAUAAUGCUAUCUUGUUUUCCCAAACAUACUGUGAAGCUGGCCUUUCUUGGGAGUGGAAAGAGUGGGGAGUCAGUUAACUUCUAUGCCCUUGAAAAUAGUAUCAUUCGAUUUUUUUUUUUUUUUUUUUUUUUGAGGUAUUGUUUCACAGUUGGAAAUUUAAGUAUUGUGACAACACUGUCUCAGAUCCAAGCUAGCUGUUUCCUCCUGCCUUCUCUUCAUGCUCCGUUACCUGUGUUGCUAUAGUCUGAGCUUCUCUCCACAUUGAAAGCUGACCACCAGUAACUUUAUGUUCUAUCGUGGCUACGACUACACCUGCCCCCAUCAUCACACACUACGUGGUAGUGUUAUCAUGACAUUGGAAUUUCUGACUGGAAUUUGUUUGUUUUGUUUUUACAUGGGAGUGUGAGGGUGGAGAGAAGAGAUGAGAGGGAUUGCUGAUAACAAUCAGUGCACUGUUAUUUCUGUAUGUUCACCCACUGGUGAUUGUUUAUUUUUUUCAAUCAUCCUUUUACUCCAGAAGAGUGUACAAUUAUCACCAAACAAUAAAAAUAGAUUGUACACUCUGCA